GCAAGGUUUCCGUUAGAGAGUAACGUUUAUAUGAGUUCGAAGAGAUCUAAAAAAUGUCGACUAGUUCAGCUCUGGGCAGCUAUUAUGUGGACUCUAUAAUAGGGUUCGAGGCGGAGGAUGUGUACGGAGCGCGUUAUGUCCAGGGUUCACACACCGCGCCCGCGAGGCCGUCAGGUGUGGGGGAAAAUGCGGAUUUCUCCUCGUGCAACUUCGCUCCCAAAUCAGCCGUGUUCGCUGCGUCCCGGUCUUCGGUUCAUCAACCCUCUACUGCUGUGUCCGGAAUUUACCAUCCUUACGUUCACCAUACCCGUCUGACAGACAACAGAUACGUCCGCUCCUGGAUAGAUCCUGUAUCAAACCAUAUCUCUUUUUCCGGUUUCCACACCAACAGUCGGCAGAGCGGGACAAAAACUGAAAGUUUACCCUUGAAAAGGGCUGAAAGCGGAGCGUUUGAAGCGGAGACACCAGCAGUUCCUGAGUUCAGCUGCAGCGCUGUAUUUGAGUGCGCAGACAAAGCUACUGAAGAAACAGUUGGCAAUGAUAUUUCUAGUCAUUGUGAAGCAAAAGACGAGAAACAACAACAACUUGACCCAAGCAACCCUGCAGCAAACUGGAUCCAUGCACGUUCAACAAGAAAGAAACGAUGUCCGUACACCAAAUAUCAGACUCUGGAACUGGAAAAGGAGUUUCUUUAUAACAUGUAUUUAACGAGGGAUCGCCGUUUUGAAGUUGCACGAAUCCUGAAUUUAACGGAGAGGCAGGUUAAAAUCUGGUUUCAGAACAGAAGAAUGAAAAUGAAAAAGAUGAACAGGGAGAGAAGCAAUAAAGACCCUCAAUGAAAAGGGCAAUAUUGCAGCUGAACAGCUCAUUUGCGUUUACUUGUUUUAGGAUCGCCAUUUUUUUUUUUUUUUUUUUUUUUAAUGUUUUUUUAAUUUUUUUUUUUAUUAUUAUUCACGACUGAAUUACCCAGGAUUGGACCGGCCUAUUUCAUUAGGCAUAUUUGUAUUCUUAUACAAAAUAGUUACUUGUUUUUAAUAGUUAGUUUGUGUGACUUUGAAAUUUGCAUUUCAUGUUUUUUUGUUUUUUGUUUUUUUAUGCACAAGGUUUGCUGAAAUUCUAGGUUUUAAUUAUAAAAUACAGAUGUUUGGCUUUGAACGCCUUCAACCUGGUGGGGAAGUUUAUUCAUGUUCUCAGAAUCUAAAGAAUUCUGUUACGUGUCUUGCAUCCUAAAAGGCAGUAUAAAAUAGAUAGUUACUUAUCCUAACUCGUAAAACUCAAAUCACUUACGUUAGGAUAGAGUUCGUGGUCUGAUAGUUCGGCUAGUAUUCUGCUGGUCUCUUUGUUCAUAUAACGCAUGCAAACCCAACACUCCACCCUCGUCAAUCCACAUAUAACAUUUCCUGUUUGUCUUUAAGAGAUUAUUAUUAUUUUUUUUUAAAAGGAAAUUAAGUCAGAGAAUCUCAUGUUGUAUAUAGUCACUUGCUUGUGGUAGAUACAUCAAGAAGGCCUAAGUUAUUUUAGUUGAACGUUUUCUUUUUAGUGUAUUUUUAUUCUGCCAUUGUGAUGCCUCGUUCUCGUCUCCAAUGCUGUAUAGUGGAUUUGCGGGAUGACAAGCUAAAUACUCAGAAUGUUUGCUGUCGACUACUCAACUCGUGCACUUACUGGGUCAAGGUGUGACAGAAUGUUUUGUUUCUAAACCAUUUUUUAUUUUUUAUUUUUUCAAAUAAAUUGCAAGUGGAAUUUCAACUGCACACUGUGCUUGUUUACAGAUAUUAAGCAGCACUGAUUCUUUUAUAUAUGCUGCUGUAUAUGUUUCGUGACCACGACAAAAUAGGGGAUAAUUGUUUGGGAAUAUUGCAAAUAACUUGAUAUUUGGAAAAUGUGUUGCAAGGAAACCCCGAUUUAUCGUCAGACCUGUACCAUGAAUUGCUUUAGAGCAGGAAGAAACUGGGUCCAAUAAAGCUAUUGAAAGACCCAGACGUCUGGUCUAAAUGACUUUAUGGUAUAGGACUGUAAUUGUUCUCCUCUUUGAAACUAUCCUCACUGGUUCUUUGUAUCUGUUUCCUGCAAACACAAAUGUAGACACUUUUCUACGGGGCGUCUGAUCGAUAUAUAGGAUAGUGAGAUUGAAGCACCCCCAGCAAGUCAUGUUUAUUCACCAAAUGCAUUUCAUUUCUUGACUACAAAUCUUAACACAGACGGUCGCUUAGGUGGCUACUAUAAACAAAAAAAAAAUAAAAAAAUAAAAAAAAUAAAAAAAAAAAUGCAUUUAACAGAGAUUGCCAUAAAUGGUUCCAUCUUAUUGAAAAGGUCGGCAAAACAGCUAUUCAAAAUCACAUACUCUUGAUAAGACAUGUGGAGUGAAAAAUUAAAUCAGCGUUUCAUUUUAACAGAUAAAUAUGAAAACAUAUUUAAAACCCUUAAAACUGUGACUACCAAAAAAAAAUAAAAAUAAAUAAAAUUUAAAAAAAUAAAUAAAAAAACGAAUAUAUAUAGGAUUUACAAAAAAAAAAAAAAUUAAAAAAAAAAAAUAAAAAAAA